CAGUUUAUUUCCAAACGUUAAAAGAAUCAGACAAAAUUAUAAAAAAUGGAAAAUCUUUUAGGAAUAAAUUUGUUAUCAAAUUUAAGUCUCGCAUUAAUUUUUGUUUUCGUUACGUUUAUAUUUUGGAUUUUUCGAUAUCAAGAUUAUUUCAAAACUCGUAAAAUUCCGUAUGUUAAAUCAUUUCCACUUCUGGGAUCAUAUACUGACACAUUAUUCGGAAAAAUAUCGUUUUACUAUAACGUAUUAGAUGUUUGCAACCAACCUAAUGUCAAAGAUAAACCUUUCUUCGGAUUAUUUCUAUUUCAUAAACCUACUUUGAUGAUAAAGGAGCCUGAAAUCAUCAAAAAGAUUUUGGUGAAGGAUUUUUGCAAUUUCCACAUUCGAUACACAAGCACUGAUGUUCAUGAUUCGCUUGGAUAUAAUACCUUGUUCUUUUCGAAAAACCAUUUGUGGAAGAAAUUGCGAGGAAAGCUUUCGCCAUUCUUCAGUAGUGGAAAGUUGAAGACGAUGUAUUAUAUUUUGGAACAUAUUAGCAAUGACCUUGUCAAUUAUGUUCACAAAAGACUUGACAAAGAUGGAAAAGUUGAGUUGGAACUUAAGGAAUUAGCAGCUUUGUAUUCAACUGAUGUGAUUGCAAGUUGUGCUUAUGGUGUUGAUGCAAAAAGUUUCGAGAAUUCGAAAGGAGAGUUUGGAAUGAUUGCUGAAUACAUGUUUAAGCCAACAAUUUGGCGUGCUUUUGAAUUUUCAUCUUUAUUUAUGUUACCACAAAUAACAAAACUUUUUGGAUUUAAACUGUUUAGUGAUAAAGGAGGCAAGCUGAUGACAGAGAUAAUCACAGAAGUAAUGACUGAGAGAGAAAAAAAUGGAAGCAUUAGAAAUGAUUUAAUUGACACGCUUAUUGAAUUGAAAAAUGGCGAAGACCCGAUUAAAAUUCAUAUUCUAAUGGCUCAAGCUGCAAUGUUCUUCCUUGCGGGGUACGAAACAUCAAGUGCAACUAAUUCGUUUGCCAUGUACGAGAUUGCAAAAAACAAAGAAAUUCAAGAUCGUCUUAGGAAUGAGAUUCGAGACAUGCUUAGGAGAAACGGAGGCAAAGUGACUUACGAUUCUUUAAUGCAUCCAACAGAGAUGCCUUAUCUGAAUCAAAUAAUUAAUGAGACCCUUCGAAUGUAUCCAGUCAUACCAAUCCUUGACAGAGUUUGUACUAAGCCAGAUGGAUAUUCAUUGGAACCUUACAGUGAUUUUAAGAUUCCUUUUGGAAUGCCCUUACAUAUCCCGAUCUAUGCACUUCAUCUUGAUGAAAAUAAUUUUCCUGAACCUAAAAAGUUCGACCCUGACAGAUUCUCCCCAGAAAACAUUCAAAACGUCAAACCAUUUACAUUCUUCCCCUUUGGAAGUGGUCCCCGAAGCUGCAUCGGUGAACGUUUCGCAUUGAUGCAGGUGAAGACAGGAAUUGUAAAAGUCCUGAAGGAUUUCAGAUUGGAAACAUCAUCACAAACUCCAAAAGAAGUUGUCAUAGAAAAGAAAGCAUUUAUGAUUCAAUCUGAUAAAGGGUUGUACUUUGUUUUUGAAGUUGAAGAUAUUAAAACGAAAUAUUGUGUGAUCGCGAAAAUGGGAUCGCUAUUCGGAAUGAAUUUGUUAUCAAAUUAUCUUAUGGUAGUGCCAUUUGUAAUCGUUUUGUUCAUAUUUUGGAUUCUUAGACGUCAAGAUUACUUUAAAAAUCACAAUGUUCCCUACAUAAAAUCAUUUCCACUUUUGGGAUCAUAUACUGACGCAAUAUUCAGAAAAUUGGCAUUUUAUGACAAUGUUUUAAGUUUAUAUAAUCGACCUGAUGUCAAAGACAAUCCUUUCUUCGGAAUAUUUCUAUUCCAUAAACCUGCUUUGAUGAUCAAGGAGCCUGAAAUCAUCAAAAAGAUUUUGGUGAAGGACUUUCAAUACUUUAAUGAUCGAUACACAACCACAGAUGUUCAUGAUUCGCUUGGAUACAAUCAAUUGUUCUCUUUGAAAAAUCCUUUGUGGAAGAAAAUGCGAGGAAAGCUUUCGCCAUUCUUCAGUAGCGGAAAGUUGAAGACGAUGUAUUAUAUUUUGGAACAUAUCAGCAAUGACCUUGUUAAUUAUGUUCACAAAAGACUUGACAAAGAUGGAAAAGUUGAGUUGGAACUUAAGGAAUUAGCAGCUUUGUAUUCAACUGAUGUGAUUGCAAGUUGUGCUUAUGGUGUUGAUGCAAAAAGUUUCGAGAAUUCGAAAGGAGAGUUUGGAAUGAUUGCUGAAUACAUGUUUAAGCCAACAAUUUGGCGUGCUUUUGAAUUUUCAUCUUUAUUUAUGUUACCACAAAUAACAAAACUUUUUGGAUUUAAACUGUUUAGUGAUAAAGGAGGCAAGAAAAUAACAGAGAUAGUCACAGAAGUGAUGAGGGAAAGAGAAAAGAAUGGAAACAUUAGAAAUGAUUUAAUUGACACGCUUAUUGAAUUGAAAAAUGGCGAUAACCCUCUUGAAAUUCAUAUUCUAAUGGCUCAAGCUGCAAUGUUCUUCCUUGCAGGUAAUUUUGCUUUAUNCCCUUUGUGGAAGAAAAUGCGAGGAAAGCUUUCGCCAUUCUUUACUAGUGGAAAGUUGAAGACGAUGUAUUAUAUUUUGGAACAAAUCAGCAAUGACCUUGUCAAUUAUGUUCACAAAAGACUUGACAAAGAUGGAAAAGUUGAGUUGGAACUUAAGGAAUUAGCAGCUUUGUAUUCAACUGAUGUGAUUGCAAGUUGUGCUUAUGGUGUUGAUGCAAAGAGUUUGGAGAAUCCGAAAGCAGAGUUCAGAACGAUGGGCCGGUACAUGUUUGAGCCAUCAUUUUGGAGAUCUAUUGAAUUUACGGCUGCAUUUUUGCUACCACAAAUAACAAAACUUUUUGGAUUUAAAGUGUUCACAGAGAAGGGGGACAAGUUUAUAAGAGAAACACUUACAGAAGUGAUGAGUGAUAGGGAAAGAAGUAAGAACAAGAGAAAUGAUUUAAUUGACACGCUUAUUGAAUUGAAAAAGGAUGAAGAUCAAUUGGACUUCGAUGUCAUUUUGGCUCAAGCUGCAAUAUUCUUCACUGCAGGUUACGAGACAUCAAGUGCAACUAAUUCGUUUGCCAUGUACGAGAUUGCAAAAAGCAAGAAAAUUCAAGAUCGUCUUAGGAAUGAGAUCCGAGACAUGCUUAAGAGAAAUGGAGGCAAAGUGACUUACGAUUCGUUAAUGCAUCCAACAGAGAUGCCUUAUCUGAAUCAAAUAAUUAAUGAGACCCUUCGAAUGUAUCCAAUUAUACCACUCCUUGAUAGAGUUUGUACAAAACCGGAUGGAUAUUCAUUGGAACCUUACAGUGAUUAUAAAAUUCCUUUUGGAAUGCCCUUACACAUCCCGAUCUAUGCACUUCAUCUUGAUGAAAACAAUUUCCCUGAACCAAGAAAGUUCGACCCUGACAGAUUCUCCCCAGAAAACAUUCAAAGCGUCAAACCAUUUACAUUCUUCCCCUUUGGAAGUGGUCCCCGAAACUGCAUCGGUGAACGCUUCGGAUUAAUGCAGAAUCACAAUGUUCCCUACAUAAAAUCGUUUCCACUUUUGGGAACACUUACUGACACAUUAUUUGGAAAAGUAUCGUUUUAUGACAAUAUUUUGGAACUAUGUAACCAACCUGAUGUCAAAGAUAAACCUUUCUUCGGAAUAUUUUUAUUCCAUAAACCUGCUUUGAUGGUAAAGGAACCGGAAAUUAUCAAAAACAUAUUGGUAAAAGACUUUCAAUACUUCAACAAUCGAUACACAAGCACGGAUGUUCAUGAUUCGCUUGGAUAUAAUCAAUUGUUCUCUUUGAAAAACCCUUUGUGGAAGAAAAUGCGAGGAAAGCUUUCGCCAUUCUUUACUAGUGGAAAGUUGAAGACGAUGUAUUAUAUUUUGGAACAAAUCAGCAAUGACCUUGUUAAUUAUGUUCACAAAAGACUUGACAAAGAUGGAAAAGUUGAGUUGGAACUUAAGGAAUUAGCAGCUUUGUUUUCCACUGAUGUGAUUGCUAGUUGUGCUUUUGGUGUUGAUGCAAAGAGUUUGGAGAAUCCGAAAGCAGAGUUCAGAGCGAUGGGUCGUUACAUGUUUCAGCCAACACUUUGGCGUGGCUUUGAAUUUACGGCUGCAUUUUUGCUACCACAAAUAACAAAAUUUUUUGGAUUUAAAAUAUUUACAGACAAAGGGAACAAGUUCAUAAGAGAAACAGUUACAGAAGUGAUGGGUGAUAGGGAGCGAAGUCAGAAAAAAAGAAAUGAUUUGAUUGACACGCUUAUUGAAUUGAAAAAGGAUGAAGAUCAAUUGGACUUCGAUGUCAUUUUGGCUCAAGCUGCAAUAUUCUUCACUGCAGGUUACGAGACAUCAAGUGCAACUAAUUCGUUUGCCAUGUACGAGAUUGCAAAAAGCAAGAAAAUUCAAGAUCGUCUUAGGAAUGAGAUCCGAGACAUGCUUAAGAGAAAUGGAGGCAAAGUGACUUACGAUUCGUUAAUGCAUCCAACAGAGAUGCCUUAUCUGAAUCAAAUAAUUAAUGAGACCCUUCGAAUGUAUCCAAUCCUACCAAUUCUUGAUAGAAUUUGUACAAAACCGGAUGGAUAUUCAUUGGAACCUUACAGUGAUUAUAAAAUUCCUUUUGGAAUGCCCUUACACAUUCCGAUCUAUGCACUUCAUCUUAAUGAAAACAAUUUCCCUGAACCAAGAAAAUUCGACCCUGACAGAUUCUCCCCAGAAAACAUUCAAAACGUCAAACCAUUUACAUUUUUCCCCUUUGGAACUGGUCCCCGAAACUGUAUCGGUGAACGUUUCGGAUUAAUGCAAGUGAAGACAGGAAUUGUAAAAAUUUUGAAAGAUUUUAGAUUGGAAACAUCAUCACAAACUCCAAAGGAAAUUGUCAUUGAAAAAAAUGCUUUUUUGAUGCAAUCUGAGAAAGAGUUGUACGUCAACUUAAUUAAAGAUCCUUUAUAUUGA